UUGUAGAUAAUUUAAUAAGAUAAAAUUCAAAUAUGGAAUUCAACUAAAUUUAAGAGUUCUUCUGAGUGUAUAUAAAGCAGUGCAAUGCUUCAGGGAGAAGUAAUACAGAUCUACAGCAAAUGUGCAUUCCCUUAGACUCUUGUGACACAAUUCAGAUACUUUCUCCUUUGAACGUAUGCGGUUUAUAAUAGCUUAUGCAUACAUUUCCAUUCAACUGAAGGUUUAAAUUUUGCAUUUGUUUGGAGAAUUUUUAGUAAAUGGAGCAUUAAAUAUGCUCUAGAUCUUUCUUGGCUUUUAGCCUAGGCUGCAUUUCAUGCUAGGUCAGAACUUUGCGAGAAGAAGUUAAAUCCAUUAAGAACAUCGGGUUUGGUGAAAUAUUGCUUUUCAAAAAGACCCAUUUUAUGAGGUAGAGUUUGGAUGAAGUAGUUGGCAUCUAGAUUGGAGUGAAACUAAAUUUAAAUAAAACUGAGUGUUUCAAACUUGCUGUUUUUGCAUCUCUCGAAACUGAUAUCUGAAACUGCCUUGCUUUCUGAAGUUACCUAAAGUGCAACAAAAUGUUUAUGGGUGUGCAAAAUGGUUAUUUAGGAGAAUCGGGUUCUAUUAUGAUGGAGAAGAUCUAUUAUCAUCUUGUAUUAUUUACCGUUAUUUUUCAUUUGAUUGACAUUUUAGGAAUUAAUUUAUCUUUACUAAUCAAAGUAUUUCUCUUUUGUUUGGAAUUGCAUGUGAUCGGCAUUUUGUCCAAAGUAAUUACUUUUCUGUCACUUAAAAUCUCUAGUUCACUCCGAAGGAAGGUGGGACCCCUGGAAGGAAUUAUGUAGUAUUCACCUCCCCAACUGGAGAAGAUAUCAAGACUAAGAGACAGUUGGAUCAAUACCUUAAAUCUCAUCCUGGAGGACCUUCAGCUGUUGACUUUGAUUGGGGUACAGGUGACACUCCAAGGCGUUCUACAAGGUUAAGCGAGAAAUCAAAGAUGCAGGAGGUACCAGAAGUUGUAACUCCCAAGAAGAAACAAAAGAAACACAGUGAAAAGAAAGAAACAAAGGAGAAUGAGGAUGCUGCUGGAGUGGAAGAUAAUGAUAAGGAUGCUACUACAAAAGAAACUAAAGGGCCUGAUGUGUCUAUGGCUGAUGCAGAAAAUGCUGGGGAUGAUGGUGGUGGAGUGUUUACAGCUGAUGGUGCUCUCCUAGAUGAGCAUAAUAUUGAAGACGAGGAGGAACCACCUGUAGCUGAUGUUCCAAUUGAUUCAACCACUGAUAAGGUGGAUGCUAAAGUUGAGGAAUCCAAAGAUGCAACUGCUGAGGUAGCAAGUUUGAAGGUUGAGAAAUCGAAGGAUGCGACUGCUGAGGUCGAAGGUGCAGAGGUUAUACAGUCUAAGAAUGGGGCUAAUGAUGUCAAGAUUGAGGAAUCAAAGGGCAAGGACUCUGCUAUAAAAGAGCUUUUGGACGGGAAGGUUAUUAGUGCAGAAGCAGCCGCAGCUGAUACAGAUGAGUCAAAGGAUAAUCAAGAAAAAGAAAAGAAAAACCGAGAAUGACCGUCUUGGAACAAUGGACUGGAGGAAAUAACGAAAUCUCGAGUUGCUGAACUUUUUGAUAGGUUCUUCUUGUAUUAUCUUUCAGAUAGGGUUUUAACUAGCAAUUGUAGAUCUGUUCUGCUAAUUGCUGUUAGGAAUUCUUGGAGAAAGUAUUAGGUGUUGAUAUUUGCAGUGUCCACGUCAUCAAUUAUGCACUUGAAACCGUAUAGUUUCUUGAUAUUCAAUAGACAGUUGUUUUUUAAA